CAACAAAUGUGUGCACCUUAGCACGGUCAAUGACAGAAGAAAGAAUAGAGAAGAGUCAACACCGAUCUAACGGCAAUUUCAAAACGAUAACGGCCAGUCUUUUUGGAAGGGAUCAAUACGAUAACAAUUCGAUUUUAAUUAUAUUUCUCUUUUAUCGCCUUAUCUAGCGGUCAGCGGUAAAAUAAUGAGUGGUUGACACCGCUGUGUCAGAAAAAGGUUCUUUCGCGCGAUAAAAUAAAUAAGUAGACAUAACAAAAAAAUCAUAAACGGUCCACCUUCGAAUUUGUGACGUUACAACAUUGAUUUUAUUUAUUUAUUUUUUAGUUCAAUGUUUUUCACUGAAUUUUUCAAUCAUUAAGCUUUUUCGUAUCGUAUCGUAUCCACAAGAUCUGCAUGACGAGCACAACGACUUGCCGUUCUUACCUAGUAACGAUGUACCACCGGGUUCCAAAGAGACCAUGAGUAUGGUCACUUUAAAACCCAAACAAUGGUACGUCGUACACUAUGUCAACUUGAAACAGGCAAUCGCACACGGACUGCAAGUCGAUAUAAAUUUCAACAAAGUGCUUGGUUGAAACCAUACAUUGAGUUGAACACUGAAAUGCGGAAACAGGCGGCAAAUGCUAUUAAAAUUGCGUUUUUCAAACUAUUGAAUAAUGCCGUCUUUGGAAAAACCAUGGAAGGCAGCGAACUCAUCAAAUCUAAGGGGAUCCGCGGACACGUCGUCUGGAAACAUCUAUCUUUGGACGAUUACAAACGGUUGGGUUAUUGUAUUUUUUGCGCCGGAAAAUAAAUAUUCCAUUGUACCAGUUAAAUGGAUUAUUUACUGUGGAAAAAUAUGUUUUUGUAAGUGGCCAAAAAAAGGAAAUAUCAAUAACAUGAUUAAAGAUUUUAUUGAGCCAGAGAAUGAUUGGCCCACAUACCCCAUCACGGUAGUAUCUCAAUAUUUCGAUGAUUAUCCUGAAGCUUCUAUGAAAGAAAAAGAAAUAUUUACAUCUUCAGACACUACACCAAACAAGAAAAAAAGGACCAAACAGAGUAUAGAAAUUAGUGAUUGCCCUAAUGGUAAGUUUACAACCUAA